GUUACCACAGCCUUGACAUGUAUAUCUUUUAGGAUGUUGAAGGUUGGAAGGAGUUUUAUAUCAUGCUUUGCCAUUAUUUUUGCCAUGCAGUCACUAGUGGCAGCACCGGUCACAUGCCUAGUGCUGUUCGAAUUCGCCACCGCCAUGUUGCUCAUCAUCGGUGUCCUCAUUGAUGCGUACUAUUUGAUGAUGCCGUUUGUGUUGAAUACGCUUUUCGUUGGGGUUUCCACUAAUAUGAAUGAAAUCCUUGUGUUGAGGUUUCAGGUGGUUAACGUUUGUCUCGCCCUCGGUGUCGCCGUUGUUGUGGUCAAUUCCUCGGGAAAAAUUCGAUUACUCUAUGGUCCUUAUGUGAGUUUUCAUUUCGUGCUGUUCUCGCGGGCUUUUUUAAGAUUUAACUGUCUUACACAGAUAACAUUAUAUAUAGGCAUUGUGGAAGUAUUCAAGUAG